AUGCAGCUCAAGAUGGCAGACUUUGGACUCGCGAAGGGCCAACCCAAGCGUCGUGGCACUAUGAAAGCAAGCACUCCCAAAUACUGGGCGCUGGAGGUUGUUAUGGAAGAGGAGCACACGGACAGGAUCGAUACCUUCUCGCUCGGCAUCAUCUCCUGCAACAUGCUCACCGAGGUGACACCGAGAAUUACAACAAAGAAACCAAAGAACCUAUUGCUCGUACUCUUGUCGUUGAUGUCGACCAGCGGAUCGAUCUGCCCGACCUUGUGGCGCACAAGUUUUCACCGACACGGAUUCAAGGCCGUUCCAGACACGGCAUUCGACAUGGUUCGGGUGUUUGACAACAGCUCUGUCGAGAAGCAUGCCCGCGCCUUAGAGAACAACGGCGAAACCCCGGGAGCGUGA